GAGAGAGAGAGAGAGAGAGAGGCAGCGGAGGCAGCGGAGGCUGAGCGGGCAGCAGGACUCUGGUUUCUGGUGGGAACGAGAUGAAUUGUGCAGAGGGUGAAUAUUACCUUCAUGGUGAAUGCCACAGGUGUCAGCAGUGCCCACCGGGCCAGGAGCUGAAACAGGAGUGUGGAUACGGUGUGGGGGUCUCUGCUGUGGGGGUCUCCACUGUGUGUGUGCAGUGCGAGGAGCGCUGGUUUAAAGGUGAAUGGGGUUCUCACUCCUGCCGGAUGUGUCAAACCUGCAGACGCCUCAACAGAAAGGAAGUUACACCCUGCACACGCACACACAACGCAGCGUGUGGAAACUGCCUGCCCGGAUUCUACAGUAAAAGACGAUUGGACGGACUCCAGGAUUGGGAGUGUCUGCCCUGUGGCCCCGCCCCCUUCAGAAACACACAGUGUAGAAGUGAAGGGGGUGAAUUAGGAAACGUCUGGAGCUCGGAGGCCCCGCCCCACAAUGUCGCUGUCAUGACGACUGCCUGUGUGGCAGCAGUUGCCAUGGUGACCUUUUUGUUUGUCAUUGUGGUUUUAAUGUACAAAGGAUUCAGCUCAUUCAGAAACAUGUUCAGAGGCUGUUUAUCAUCGCCUGGCCUCGGUCACCGUGACCUCGCAGCUUCCUCUGUUUCCACUGCAACUGAGCACAGAGUGACCCAGUCAGCCGAUGUUGAGGCUUCGGAAUCAUGCCUCGAGUCCUCGACCUGCCCUGGUUUCGUCUCUAUGGCGACAACCCCUAGCCCCUGCCCAGCUCACUGUACCGCAUCUGAGUCGCUGCGUCUGCAAAGCAGCUCCAACUGCAGUGACACGUCUGGGGUCGUCUCCCAGGCAGCCGGGUCACCUGACAUCCCUUCAGGCCUGAGCUGGUCCAUGAGUUCAUAUGACCUGACCAGCAGGGGGCGGCAUUGUGCAGUGGAGCAGGAGUCGGCCUGGGGUUAUCACGCUCCCAUAGAGUGCUCCGAGCUGGACUUGAAAACCUCCUUAUCUCUGGAUCUCCAGGCGUCUACACAAACAGAGGAUGGGCUUCCCUCCACCACGCACUCCGUCCAGUGCGGAGAGAGAGAAACAGGGGGAGGAGGCGGAGGAGAGAAGGGAGGCAUGAAAGAUGGAGAGAGUGUUGGAGAGAGGAGGAGCAGUUGUGGAGACGCUGCUGCUGCCAGAAGUGUCACCCUGGAAUGCAUGUAGGCUCUCUUCCUCCCUGGCUGGUGAAAUCUCUGGCGCUGAAGCUGGACCCUGUGUUUCCCGGAGUAAACAACUACCAGAAGGUGGCGCUGCAGCUGGGAAUACCGUCUGACAUUUUGUCCGCACUUCAGGGUUUUGAGCAUCUGUUUUAUUUCCUGUCGUCCACCACUCUGCUAACUGUUCCGGAUUUACUGCAGGCGCUCGGAAAAGUCCAGAGAGUUGACGCCCUGCUGCUAAUCAGCCAAUAUGCUACAAACAUGGCUAACGGUUUUAGCCAAAGCUCCAGAAUCAGAAGCGUCGACGCCGGCCGUAGCGCUGAGGGGGCAAACGCUGCCCUUAAGACACAACAAGCUAGCUGUUCAAAUGGCUGAGUAACUGUAGUUUUUAACCCUUUACUUUCAAAUCUCCACAAGCGUCUGACUGUGCUACGUGCUAGCGGGCUGCAGGCUAAAUAUGCUGGGCCUCCAGCAUAAUGCUAACGCAUUCAGCCAAUCACAGCCCGCUAAAAAGUCACUCUUUAGCACCUUUAGCUCAUCCUCCCAACUGGAGAUACAUUGAAACACAUUAUAUCUGUUUGUUAAGCUAAGAGAGCAACGAAGCCAGACGGUGAGGAACUCGAGCGAAACCGGUUUCAGGAAUUUGGGUCAGCAUUAAAAGCUUCAUGCUAAUGUUUAGAGCUAGAAUCGCUAACAUCAACACUAGCAGGGUGAGACAUGGUUUCACAAACCCCACACUCGUCACACUGGGAGGCAACCAGUCGCUAAUCUCGCCCUCUUGAAAGCGCGUUCGAUGCUGCUGUUUUGCUGUCGAGCCUCUGACAAAAAUAUCCGCUGCAGUUCUCGAAGUUUCGUAGUUUAAAUUCGCAUUUUUUGCACAAUGAUGUUAGAAGUGAGAAUGAAAUGCCAGUAACAAUAAAAAGUCAAGAGGGACCGGGGACUUCAGACAACCCUGUGUCGAUUGGUUGGAGGAAUUUGUUGUUAGUCAAGGGAUCUCAAUCUUGGCUCACCUGGAGACCACUGGCCAGGUGGUCUUCUCUAAAGAGGGUCGACGUGAAAAAGUUUUACCUAACAUAAACUAAAAUAUGGGUAUUUUUUCCAAGUAUGAAUUAUAACUAUGAAAGGUAAAUAUAAUAGGUGAAUAAAUAUAAUAUUGUUCAGUGAAGUCAAGUAAACUUACACUUUACAGUACAAUUACACUCACUGGCCACUUUAUUAGGUACACCUUGCUAGUAAAAGGUUUUGUUAAAGGAACACAGUGGCUAUUUUAACAUUUGGGCUUCGACCUCUGUUUAUGUUGGAGAAUCAGACACAACGUCUGAGAGUAAGUCAACCAUCAGAUGAAAAUAGGGAAGUGUUUUGAGACCCCUGAUAGUUUGAGACCCCAGAUUUUGACGGUUUCAUUAUUUGCACAGCAUUGAGGCAAUAAAAACUUGUCAUUUGUCGCUAAAUGGCAGCUACAAAUCACCACUAUUGUGAACGUGGGGUAAAUGUCUGGGAACAAACGUCUGAAUUCUUUGUCCUUUAGUUACUUCUGGAGUUUUCUGUAUUUGUGUUGAAUGGUAUUCAUUUAUAACCACCAGUCUAGACAGAUGUUCAGGCAUUAAAAGAGGUCUGAAAUGGACGAGCUUCAGGUCAGAUUUAACGGUUUAUGAUCAGUUGUUCUAGUUUACACUAUUGCUUUUACUUCCUGUGAGUAAACAAAACACCACUUUACACACCUUUUAGCUUCAUGGCCCUACAUUAUUUUUUCAUAUUGAAAGUGAAAAUGUAGUUUUCUUUGCUUGUAUAUUUGUUUUUUACUGCUGACAGUUGUUUACUUUGCUAUUACCAGUUUACAAUUCACUAAUAAUUAACAUGCAUCAUUAACGAAUUAGUAAACAAGGUCAUUCAGAGUGGUUUGGUGCUCCGCUUUAGAGAACCUACCUGAAUCAGAACCGUUCACAGUGGUGGUGAUGGGAACCAGACGUCCCCCUCUAAAAGAGUACCAAAAUACCAAAGACUGAGACGCGGUUUUAUGAGAGUUUAGAGAAGGUUUUGGCCUUAAACUCCAUUCAUGGUGGAGGGAUACGUCACACGCAGGGCGC